AUGUCUUCUCCACCAUCGCUUACAACGGAAAAACCAGCCAAGAACGGACGAAACUCGACGGAGACAGUGCAACAAAGACCUAGUAUGCUGGGAACUGUUCGUUCGCACAAGUGGCUCGCCAAACAGAGGCCACACAUCACCAACGAAGCCGCAUGUUGCCCUUGCAUUGUCUACGCCCGCACUGCGGAGAGACUCGAACGAGUCGCCUACGAUGAAGAUCCCCUGGCCCCACCUUCCGUGGGCUGCAACAGCCCUUGCUGGUCUUGUUUCCUGAGCUCUGCGAUAUGUAACUGGAAGAAGCCACUCCGCGAUCAACGCGGUGACAUUCGGAAUCGCUAUGCCAUCACUGGCAGUGCGGAUGAUGACGAUAUCAACGCUUGCGCACACCCAUUCUGGACUCUUAUGCUCAAUCACAAUGAGGUCCUAAUACGAGAGAAGAUCUGUCGGGACCUCAAAACCUAUCCCUUUUCUCCAGGUCCUCCACCAAAGGAGAUCCGCCGCUUCAAGGCCCAGCCAGACAACCCAUACAAGUCACAAUCGUCAAUGCAGAUGAAGAGCAAAAACCUGCCUAGGAUAGUGGAGUUGCCAGAGUCCGGUAACUCAACAGGGAGGUAUGAACCGCCGGGCAUAUUGGCAAGCCCCGAGUUGGACAAGGUCGAGCCAGGGACCAGUUCCCAGUCUCCACCUCCUCGGGACCACAAUCGUCAAGAUACUCCUGCGAGAUCUCCCGAUGUCCUACGAAGUCCUAUUCUGGGCCCUCAAGAUCCCCACGUAACGGUGGCUGACUUUGCUGAACCUCAUCGACUCAACCAAGACCCCAAGAAGCCAGUUGGAAUGAAGCAUCAUUCUCACACCAUACAUAACGAUCCUCUUUUUGGAAUUGCCGAAGAGGUUCACCCACAUACUGUCCACAACGAUCCUACGACUCAAGUAGCCCGCCGCCUGGCUCCUCAUCAAAUCGUUAUAGAUCCAAAGACACUGGUGACAAAAGGGACGGCAUCUCACAGCGUACAUCACGAUCCCGCUGUCAAGGUGGCCGAAGAGCCAAUGCAACACUCGGUUAGUGGUGACCAGACUACCAAUGUUGCCCAUCCCGUGUACGAUCACAGGCUCAGCCAAGACCGCGUGGCCCCGGUGGGCAUUCGAACGAACCCCCACGGUGUUCAUGACGAUCGAACAGCGGGCAUGCCUGGCGAGCCAACUCCGCACCCCCUCAGCGGGGAUCCGAUGGUGCCUCGGUCAGAGCGCGCUGCUCCCCACAGCGUCCAUGAUGAUCCUGCGAUCAAGGUUGCCGAAGGCGAGCCGAGGCAACAUGCCAUGCACACCAGCGCCGCGGUCAGGGUACCUAAGAAGAAGCUGAGUCCACACCAGCUAGUAGACAGUGGCCGUUCUGUAACAGCCCCAGCAGAACUUAACAAGAAGUCUGCAACAGGGAGUGUCGACACUUCCGUACAAGGAGUAGACGGGGGCAAGUAA